AUGUGUGACGUCCCUUUCUUUCCCAUCUUCCCUGUCUGCUUCCAAUGCGGCACUGACCAGAACCCAUGUAACUGCAAGGUGGUUGGCCCGACACUUGGGUUUCUCUCUACUAUUGUAGCAGCAGUCUUCUGCUACCCCCUAUCGAUCUUCUGUGGUUGCGGUUGCACCCAAGCUGGAAAGGACAUGCUGGGAUUCCCUGUCAAAGUAAAUCGGAGAGUCAGUAAUGCUAUUCCGAUAUGA